AUGUCCGUCUUUGUAAAUAUUACAGAUAAGCCGUUGGACUCGGCUGAGGUGCUCAAUCAUGUUCGGGAUCCUCACGCGGGAGCAAUUGUGUAUUUUGGAGGCACAACAAGAAAUACAUUCGAAGGCAAGGAGGUGGUGUCUCUCGCAUAUGAGGCGCAUCCAAGGCUGGCUAUCAGAACUCUAGAGUCUAUAGCCAACGAGGCAAAAGCCAAAUUUCCGAGCGUCCAUAAAAUUGCAAUUGUACACCGCACAGGCGUGGUUCCUGUAGCUACAGAAUCGGUCAUGAUUGCAGUCAGUUCCACUCAUCGAAAAGAAGGGUGGCUUUGUGGAGAGUGGGUAUUGGAGAAAGUUAAGGAAAGGGCAGAGAUCUGGAAGAUAGAGAAAUACGCGGACGGAGAUAGUGUCUACAAAGAGAAUGAGGUUUCUAACGUGCUUGGUCGCACCUGA